UUGUGAAAAGUAAACACUCGCUGUCGUCAUGACCGAAAGUGACGUCACCAGCCCGUCUUCGUGGCGCGAGACCGACGCUGCUGUUCGCGCGACAUCACCAUCACCAUCAUCAUCAUCAUCAUCAUCACACACCGCGCGCGCACACACACACAUACACACGUACACACAGCGCGCGAUGUGAAGCUCCGCCGCGCUCAGGCUCGUUCGGCUCUGCUGCUGCUUUGGACUCGGCUGAAGGGGAGAAGGAAGGAAGGGAAGGAGGAAGGGAGGACGGAGCUUUUGUCCGCGGACGUGCACGCUUCUUGCACCCGGCCAUGGCGCCCGCGCCUCGGUCCACGACGGGAGAGCGUUGAGGCCGAGCGCCAUGCAGUCUCUGUUCGGCGGCGAGCUGGGGCUGCUGGGAGGGGCCGGCGACGGCGGGGGCCUGAAGGAGGACGGCGUGGCGUGGCGCUCGCCGCCCCUCCCGGCCGACGACGUCUACUCGGCCUCCCACUUCGCCCUGAUCGCCGCCUACCAGGACAUCAAGACCCGACUGGGCGGCCUGGAGCGCGAGAACAGCAGCAUCAAGCGGAAGCUGAAAAUCUAUGAGAUCAAGUUCCCCAUGAUCAGCGAGUUCGGGGAGGACACCAACUCGUACUGCUCCUUCGAGAGCAAGGAGACGGCGCUCCUCCACUCCGAGAACGACAACCUGCAGCAGAGAGUCAACAUGCUGACUCACGAGCUGCAGAAGAGGAAGGAGCGUGAGGAGCAGCUGGAGGACGUGAUCCAGGCCUACGAGAAGAUCCACAUGGAGAAGAGCAACCUCCAGCGGGACCUGGACAAGAUGACGAGCCUGGUGGAGAAGCACGUGGAGCGCAUCCUGGGCCUGGAGGCCGCGCUCAGGCAGCGAGACAACUCUCUGCACAAGCUCAACAUGCAUCUGCACAGCAAAGACAUGCAGUACCUGCAGCUGCACGCCGGCCCCGACGCACACAUGCUGGACUGCCCCGCCAUGACGCUCCAGAGCUCGCGCAGCCUGGACACGCUCUCCGACCUGAAGGUGCAGCGGCUGGAGGCGGAGCUAGAGGGGGCGCGGCACGAGGCCCAGGGGGCGUGCCGGCGGGAGGAGGAGCUGAAGGCGCAGUGUGAGCGCCUGAAGGAGGAGAUGAGGCAGCUGCAGGGCGGCCAGCGGGACAGGGAAAUGUCCUCCCCGUGCAAGCAGUGCGACGUGGAGUGGAUCAAGAAGGUGGGGGACGAGCAGGUGAACCUGGCGCUGGCCUACACGGAGCUGACGGAGGAGCUGGGUCGCCUGCGAGCGCUGAGCUCCAAGCAGACGGAGAUCCUGAGGAAAGCCUCGCAGGAGCGGGCCAGCCCGGUGCAGCUGCACUCCCCCAUCCACCACCAGCGUCACUCGCCAGGAUCUCAGCGCCACUCGCCCAUCUCGCAGCGCCACUCUCCGGUCGUGCCCCCGCCUCACCACUCCCCCAUCCAGCAGAGGCGCUCCCCGGUGCUGCAGCGUCUGUCCCCCGACACGCACCGCCGCUCCCCCCUGCUGGACGUGAGCGAGGGGCCGGCCUCGUACUCCUGCCGCCCGCCCACUCAACACCUCCGGGCCAGCUUCCAGGGCCGCCGCAGCUACUCGGAGGUGACCGACCCCUCGGCGUACCACUGCCCGCCACGCUUUUCCCUGGACCCCGUGUCCACCCUCCCUAAGCCCCGCCCCUUUGUGGAGGGCUACUCCAAACAGACGCCCCAACACUCGCCUCAUCAGCACAGAGGGGUGUCGUCUCCGCACCAGGACUCCAGAGAGAUGCCCUUUCCGCUGUCUGAGGUGGCCCACCUGCGCUUUGAGCCACCCCCGCCCUCCGCCCCGGCGCCGCAGCCUCCGCAGUCCUCUGAAGACGAGGAGGAGUGGACCUGCCCGCAUCCCAUCAGCCCGCCCAGGACGCUGGGGGCCGUGCCCAGCGGCGCCAUGAGGGGUCCGGCAUCCUGCUCGGCCUUCCCUGCCGCCCAGUGCCCCAACGCCAUGGGGUGCCACCCCCAGCCCGGCUACAUAUCAGCUGAGCAUGCUCAGUCCUGGCCGUCCAUCAACCUCUGGAUGGAGACGGAGGAGAGCGACGUGCGCAGCUGCCCGCUGUGCCAGCUGAUGUUCCCGGUGGGUUACCCCGACGACGCCCUCAUCAAGCACAUCGACUCCCACCUGGAGAACAGCAAGAUCUGAUCGCCACGGCGACCGGCUUGUGGAAAUCAAUCAGAGACGUGCACGCGCGCGCGCUCAUCUCCAAGCAAGAUGGCCGCUUGUGUUUGUACCGGGCCCGCUACAGUACCGCCGCACGCACGGCUCCACCUCGGCUUUGGGAGCCGUAGCGGCCGUCAGUCUCGUCCACGUGGUUUCAUUCGCUCCUUUUUUUGCCCUCCUUCUUUCCUUUUGCUUUCUUUCACGUGUUUUAACGGCGGCGGCUCUGCAUGUCGCAGCGGGCCCGAGCACCUUCACACCUCUAGCUUUAAAAGACUCACACGGGACACGGGAACCCAAGCCAAGGAGCGCCCGUUUCCACGGCAGCUCCAGCAUGAAACGUUCCCGCCCACCGGGCCAGGUGAAGUGUAGCGGGAACAUUUUUAGUCACAUGAUACCUUUCUGCUUGCCUGUCUAAAGUAUCUUAGCACUUUAUGCUAGUUUAGCCUCUCCUGUGUAUCAGUCCACCCACACCCCCACCCCCCACCACCGCACCCCCACCCUGUUUAUUUUAUUUUUAACCUACGUCUCCUAGCAAAAAAAGAUAUUUUUGCAGCACAUGUCUGUGGCUUGUCACACGCACACACGCACACACACACACACACACACACACACACACACACACACACACUGCACAUAAACAAUAACAAUAAACACACACGAUGGGAGUCUUCCUGAAAAAUACAUGGACUAAAGUAUUGGGACACAGUACUAGGGCCACAGUGGGAGAAAAAAAAUCUGAGAUUUCCAGAAUAAAGUCGUAAAUUUACAACAAAAAGUCAUAAAUUUACCAGAAAAACUGUUGUAAAUUUACGAGAAAAAAACUCGUAAAUUUACGAGGAAAAAGUCAUGAAUUUACAAGAAAAAAAGUCGUAAAUUUACGGAAAAGACCAAAGUUCACGUAAGUCCGCCCGUUUCGUAGCUGCCUCAGGCAAUGCCUGUUACGACCGAGUAUUAAAAUAAUCGGAGAUUUCAAGAAUAAAGUCAUACAUUUAGGAGAAAAAACUCGUAAUAUUACGAAAAUAAAGUAAAAAAUGUAUGAGAAAAAAGUUGCACAUUUAUGAGAAAAAAGUAGUAAAUUUACGAGAAUAAAAUAAUAAAUUUACGAGACAAAAAGUCGUAAAUAUACGGAAAAAAGAAGUUGUAAUAUUACCUUUGCCCAAGGCCAUAGGUCACAGAAGUCCGCCCUUUUCAUAGCCGUCUCAGGCAAUGCCUGAGUACUAAAAUAAUCGGAGAUUUUGAGAAUAAAGUCAUAAAUUUACAACUUUUUUCUCGUAAAUUUCCGACUUUCUUCUUAUAAAUGUAGGACUUUUGUUCCUGUCAAUUUUCUAAUUUUUUUCUCGUAAAUUAACAUUUUCUCGUGAGUUUCCAACUUUAUUCUCGUAAUAAUACGAUUUUUUUCUCUUAAAUUUACAAUUUUAGUCUGGAAAUCUCAAUUUGUUUUUUUCAAUGUGGCGCCGGUACUCCAUCGUACACAACUCCUCUGAAAUCCACGACAUUUUUUAAAAGUCAAAGUAUUAAGAGAAUCAUGUUGUUAGCUAAUUUGCAGUUUAUGAGAAUAAAGUUAAAAUAUUGCAAGAAUGAUGAAAUUAGACAUAUUACGACAUUUUUAUUACGAUUCUUAAAUAUUCUUAUAUUAUUAUAUUUACAUUUUUAUAUCAUAAUUUCACUUUAUUCUCAUUUAAGUCCAUAUUGUUUACGUUACCGUAAUGCAGGAAGGCAGUAUUAGCAAUUUUAUGAGAAUAAAGUAAAAAUAUGAUAAGAAUUAUGUGGUAACAUACAGUAGGAAGAGAGAAUGGUGUCGUAUUAUGACAUCAUUCUUGUAAUAUUUUAACGUUAUUCUCAUAAAAUUACAACAUAAUUCCUGUAAUAUUUUCAUUUUAUUCUUACAAAAUUACAACCUAAUUCUUGUAAUAUUUUAAAUUUAUUCUCAUUAAAAUAAGAACAUAAUUCUUGUAAUAUUUUACAUUUAUUCUCAGAAAAUUACAACAUAAUUCCUGUCAUAUUUUAACAUUAUUGUCCUAAAAUUAUGAAAUCAUUUUUGUAAUAUUUAAAAUUUCUUCUCAUUAAAAUGACAACAUAAUUCUUGUAAUAGUUUCACUUUAUUCUCAUAUAAUUACAACAUAAUUCCUGUAAUAUUUUUUAAAUUUAUACUCAUAAAAUUACAACAUAAUUGUUGUAAUAUUUUUUAUGUAUUCUCAUUAAAAUAAGAACAAAGUUCUUGUAAUGUUUUACAUUUAUUCUCAGAAAAUUACAACAUAAUUCUUGUAAUAUUUUCACUUUAUUCUCAUAAAAUUCCAUAUUUUUACAUUACCGCAAUGUAGGAAAAAGAGAAAAUUUGCAAUUUUAUGAGAAUAAAAUGAAAAUAUUGCAAGAACUAUGUGGCAAAAGACAUUUUUGUCAUACUGCCACAUCAUAAUUCUUGUAAUAUUUGAACAUUAUUCUCCUAAAAUGAUGAUAUAAUCCAUGAAGAAGAGAAAAUUUGCAAUUUUAUGUGAAUAAGCCUGAAAUACUACAAGAAGAGAGAAUUUGUCAUUUUAGGAGAAUAAAGUCGAAGUAUAAGAAAAAACAUAUUAUUGUUAAUAUUGUUAUUAUUUUGGAGAGUGAAAUAGGAAAUGGUAAAAAGUCCACGUUGCCGCCAAAAGAGGACGCAACGCCACAUUUUCCUCACUUUUCAGUCCCUGGAGGUGUCUCAAUACUUUUGCUCAUAGGGCACACCAGCACAACACUGAUGUCACCCAACAACAACAGCAAGAAAAAGGUUGUUGACUUUGUUGUUGAAGCUUUGAGGAGAAAGGUUGCUAAUCUGUCAUCUUCUGCUGAUGACACUGAUGUCAGCUCAUCUGAGGUUUUCUGGGUCACAUGAGCACUUCCUGGGGUUGGGGUGGGGGGCCGCCAACAUGGAUUCCACGUGGCGUCAAGCCGCUGAGCAGAGGAGGAGAUGCGGUCGAUGAGAGCUGCUGGGAAGCAGAUUAAAUUCCUCCUGCGGCCGCCUGCCACUCAAGACCUGUCUGAUAGGGAAGGAGGCGGGGCCUCGCUAUCUUCUGGUUUACGACCACAACAUCCUGCGUCUUUAUUUUUGGAGGUUUAACUUUUUGCCCUUUUGCUGAUAGCGACGCGGUGUCGCCGCUAGGUUUAAAGCUGGUGAUGGCUUUCCUUUUCCUUGGCGCACUGAUGAAGCGUACGGUGGCCACGCUAUGACGUCACGCUAUUUACCUUCUUUAAGGGCUACUUUGCCACGUUGCGCUACGACGACGUCGGUAAUGAAUGGAGGCGACACGUCACAUUCCGUCACCUUUUUCUUUGACCUCAGAAGAUCUCAGCAAGCGUCUUUGUCCGCACGCUUCAUCAGUUUGUUCGCUGUUGUUUGUUUAUUUGUAAGAAAGCUCUUGGGAAAGCGGCUUUUGAAUGACGUUCUAACAGGAACGCGAGUCCCCGAAAGUCUGUUCCUCAGCACCGGGUGCUCGCUUUACAAGUUCCAGGAAGGAGAAAUCUCCUUCCUAGUGAACAAGAUACCACCUCUGAGCUGCCCCUAGCUAGAUGAGCAUGCCAUUUUGUAAAAAAAAACUUUUUUAAAGGCUUCACUACACAUCUUAAAUUGAAUCUCUGCCAACUUCAGUCAUUUUGUGGAGUUUUUUGUUAACUUUUCUCCACCCUUUCUCGUGGACAUGACACCACUCCUAGCUGGAUGUGCCUGCCACUUUGUAAAAAAAAAAAAAAUUAAAUUAAAAAAAAAAAGGCUUCGCUACACAUCUUAAAAUCAAGCGCUGCCAACUUUAGUCAUUUUAGGGUUUUUAGUUGCCUUUUUUCCACCCUUUCCAGUGGACAUGAAACCACUCCUAGCUGGAUGAGCUCGCCACUUUGUAAAAAAAAAAAAAGAGGCUUCGCUACGCAUCUUAAAAUCAAAUUCUGACAACUUUGAUCAUUUUGUGGGGUUUUUUUGUUGCCUUUUUUUCCAUCCUUUGUCGUGGACAUGACACCGCCCCCAGCUGGAUGAGCCUGCCACUUUUCUAGGGAAAAAAGGCUUCGCUAUGCAUCUUAAAAUCAAGCUCAUUUUGUGAUCAUUUUGUGGCCUGUUUUCCAGCCUUUCUCAUGGACAUGAUG